CCUCUGAAGGGAGGAAGAAGGUAAGAAGGUUGCACCUGUCUGUUUUUAUGUACUGUACCUCAUUUAAUUUAACACAUCACUAAUCAUUAAUGUUCCUCAUCAUCAUCAGCACAAGAGGAGGUGACAGAUGAAUCGAAGCCAAAGCCCAAGUUCAUGACAAAUAUCACCGCCCCAAAGAUCCCUGAUGGUGAAAAAGUGGAUUUUGAUGACAUCCACAGGAAACGUCAGGAGAAGGAUCUGUCUGAGCUGCAGUCUCUCAUCGAGGCUCACUUCAUCCAGAGGAAGAAAGAGGAGGAGGAGCUCAUCGCCCUCGUUAACAGAAUCGAGAAACGCCGUGCUGAGAGAGCAGAGCAGCAGAGGGUCCGGGCAGAGAGAGAGAAGGAGAGGCAGGCCAGACUUGCGGAAGAAAAGGAGCGUAAGGAGCAGGAGGAGCAGCGUAAGAAGUUCGAUGAGGAUGCUAAGAAGAAGAAGGCCCUUACAAACAUGAGCCAGCAGUACACUGCUGGACAUAAGAGUGACAACAGAAGAGGAGGCAAGAAACAAACUGAGAGGGAGAAGAAGAAGAAGAUCCUGGCUGAACGCAGAAAGGCUCUGAACAUCGAUCAUCUGAAUGAGGAAAAACUCAAGGAGAAGGCCAACGAGUUGUGGCAGUGGCUGAUGGGUCUGGAGGCUGAGAAGUUUGAUCUCGGUGAAAAACUCAAAAGACAGAAGUACGACAUCAACCAGCUUCUUGCUCGAGUCCAGGACCACCAGAGCGCCAAAGGACGUGGCAAGGGCAAGAUGGGCGGCCGGCUGAGGUAAAGGAGCAGCCAGACGGGAACGAAGCAGACCACGACACCAGUGAUCAGCCCAUGUGUCUAUUAUACCUGUAUUCAUUAUUCUGUUGUGUUGGGUUACAUGUCAAUCAUCAUGAUAUCAAAACAAUAAAUAAGUCAUUACAUCCA